AUGACUGGACGACUUCCAGCUGUUGUUAUUGAUAAUGGAACUGGCUAUACAAAGCUUGGUUAUGCAACAAACAACGAACCACAAUUUAUCAUUCCAUCAGCAAUUGCGGUUCGAGAAAGACCUGGAGGUGUUAGAGUUGGACAAGCUGGAGAAGAUUUAGAUUUUUAUAUUGGAGAUGAAGCAUUUAGUGCCAAAGGAUACUCUGUGAAAUACCCGAUAAGACACGGUAUUGUAGAAGAUUGGGAUUUGAUGGAAAAAUAUUGGGAACAAUGUUUAUUUAAAUAUUUACGCUGUGAUCCAGAACCGCCGUUGAAUACACCAGAGAAUCGUGAAUAUACGGCGGAAAUUAUGUUUGAAUUAUUCAAUGUACCCGGUUUAUACAUCGCAUUACAGGCUACAUUAGCACUCUACGCAUCAUGGAUCGCUAGUGAUGUUAAAAAUAUGCUAACUGGACUUGUCAUCGAUUCUGGUGAUGGUGUUACUCAUGUUGUUCCAGUUGCCGAAGGAUAUUUAAUUGGUAGUAGUAUUAAACAUAUACCAAUAUCUGGUCGUGAUAUAACAUAUUUUGUUCAAACAUUAUUACGAGAACGAGAACCAACGAUACCUCCCGAGCAAUCAUUAGAAACAGCAAAAGCAAUUAAAGAACGUUAUUGUUACGUUUGUCCGGAUAUUGCUAGAGAAUUUUCUAAAUAUGAUGAAGAUCCAAGAAAAAAUUAUUUAAAAUAUACCGGAAUUAAUUCUGUUACAAAACACCCAUUUUCCGUUGAUGUUGGCCAUGAGAGAUUUAUGGGUCCAGAAAUUUUCUUUCAGCCAGAAUUUUCUAAUCCAGAAUAUAACACAUCUUUGUCAAAACUGGUUGAUGACACUAUUCAAGACUGUCCUAUUGAUGUACGAAGAAAACUAUAUAGUAAUAUUGUCUUAUCUGGAGGAAGUACGAUGUUUAAAGGUUUUGAUAAACGAUUGAAACGAGAUGUUCAGCGUCUAGUUGAUUUAAGACUAAAGGAAUCAGAAGAAAUUAGCAAACAUAAACCUGAUCCCAUUGAUGUUAAAGUUGUUGCCCAUGCAAUGCAACGGUAUGCCGUAUGGUUUGGUGGAAGUUUAGCAGCUAGUACAUCAAGCUUUUAUGAAGUGUGUCAUACAAAGCUUGAGUAUGAAGAGAAAGGACCAAGUAUUUGUCGAUAUAAUCCUGUGUUCACUUUGGUAUGA